UGUCCUUGGUUUGCAUCGACUGGCUUUCCCACCCUCCGGGAAAGACAUUUCUGAAAGGGAGCUGUCUGAACAUAAGGAGGGAGUACGGGGAAGAAGCCCGGGAAGCCGGCGCUAGCUCGCCCUGCGAUCUGCAGCGGGAGGAGCGCGCGUUCCCUCUCGCCAGAUGUCGCUGUCUAGCUUCCCCCGGCCUCCGGCUCCAGUCCCCAGAGGCUCCCGCCGCAGCGGCCGCUCUAGCCGACCGGCGCGGACUCUGUGGUUCCGGGCGGAAGUGAGGCGCCGAGCGGAACGGCCUCUGGUGACAUUUUCUUGGGGCGGCGCGGACGAGUGAAGGGACUUGGUGGUGGAGGCUGCGGAGGCGGCGAGGUUCACUUUGGCCCUGGUGGGUCUCUGACCGCGACUCUCUGCUCGCCGCCGAGACUUGUGCCAAGAAGGAGAAGGCGGUGGUGACCUUCGUGUCCCGAGUCACCGCAGCAGGCAGAGUCCCGGCUAGGGGGUCGGUGCGUGUCCCGACGGGGCGCACGGAGUGGACGAGGAGGUACGGAGCCGCCGCGGAGCGCAGAUUGGGCAGUUUCUAUUGAUCCCUCUUCAUGUUCACUGAUUCUUCUGCAGUACUGAAAUUGCUGAGCCCUCAUAUAACUUUUUCGAGAGAGGAUUUGCUGACCCUGUCUAUCACUUGCCCAUAGCCAGAAGUUCUGCCCUACCAGUACUUUUGAAUCCCUGUACAUUAAUAAUCUAUCACACCUCUUCUACCCAGAGGUUGCUUUCCUGUUGCAUCUUUGAUAUCAUUUCCUAGACUCUGCUCCAUGAUUUAACUCAAAAUUCUGAAAUGAAGAUGGAGGAGGCAGUGGGAAAAGUCGAAGAACUCAUUGAGUCUGAAGUCCCACCAAAAACAUCUGAACAAGAGACAGCAAAGGCAGAAGAUGGAUCUGUAGAACUGGAAUCUCAAGUUCAGAAAGAUGGUGUAACAGAUUCUACAGUUCUUUCUUCAAUGCCCUGUUUGUUGAUGGAACUGAGAAGGGACUCUUCUGAGUCUCAGUUAGCAUCCACAGAGAGUGACAAGCCGACAACUGGCCGGGUGUAUGAGAGUGACUCCUCUAAUCACUGCAUGCUUUCCCCUUCCUCUAGUGGUCACCUGGCUGAUUCAGAUACAUUGUCUUCUGCAGAAGAGAAUGAACCCUCCCAGGCAGAAACAGCAGUAGAAGGAGACUCUUCAGGAGUGUCUGGUGCCACAGUUGGGCGCAAGUCUAGGCGGUCCCGGUCUGAAAGUGAAACAUCCACUAUGGCUGCCAAGAAAAACCGGCAAUCCAGUGAUAAACAGAAUGGUCGAGUCACCAGAGUUAAAGGUCAUCGGAGCCAGAAGCACAAGGAGAGGAUCAGGCUACUGAGGCAGAAACGGGAGGCUGCUGCUAGGAAGAAAUACAACCUGCUGCAGGACAGUAGUACCAGUGAUAGUGACCUGACUUGUGACUCAAGCACGAGCUCGUCAGAUGAUGAUGAAGAGGUUUCAGGGAGCAGCAAGACAAUCACUGCAGAGAUACCAGAUGGACCUCCAGUUGUAGCUCAUUAUGAUAUGUCUGACACCAGCUCUGACCCAGAAGUGGUAAAUGUGGACAAUUUAUUGGCGGCUGCAGUAGUUCAAGAGCACAGUAAUUCUGUAGGCGGCCAGGACACAGGAGCUACCUGGAGGAACAGCGGGCUUCUAGAGGAGCUGAAUGCAGAGGCAGGUCAUUUGGAUCCAGGAUUCCUAGCAAGUGAAAAAACAUCUGCCAGCAAUGCACCACUGAAUGAAGAAAUUAAUAUUGCCUCUUCAGAUAGUGAAGUAGAGAUUGUGGGAGUUCAGGAACAUGCAAGGUGUGUUCAUCCUCGAGGAGGUGUGAUUCAGAGUGUUUCUUCAUGGAAGCAUGGCUCAGGCACGCAGUACGUUAGCACCCGGCAAACACAGUCAUGGACUGCUGUGACUCCCCAGCAGACUUGGGCUUCACCAGCAGAAGUUGUUGAUCUUACUUUGGAUGAGGAUAGCAGACGUAAAUACCUACUGUAAUACAAUGUCACUGUGUUUCCUCUGCACUGUUCCCUUCCCCUUCCUCCACUUGUUGUGACAUGGAUGUUCAUUGUCAUAGCUUCAGCUUCAGAAGCUGUUUGUGGCAUUUGUAGAAUUGGAACUCAUGGAAACCCCCACCCCCUUCUUUUUUUUUAAAAAAAGAAGUCAGUUAGGAAAAUAACUUAUCACAGAGAAAAGGAUUUCUUCUUUCCUUCAGUAGGAAUGUGAGAAUGAUGAAUUUUAUUAGACUUUAUUUUACUUGGUGACUUUUAAUCUUAGGAAACUUCACCUUCCUUUUAGAAUAAUAUUUUAAUUGCCAGGUAAAAUGGAUUUCAGUUUUUAAAAAAUCUUUUAUUUAUUUUUCUGUACAAUGAAAUUAAUAUUUAGAUUUGACCACUAUCUGCCCACCCCAUUGGCACUCCCAUCUUAGGGCAUUCGCACACAUAUCAGUCAGGUUCUAUUGGCACCUAAUAGGGCAUGUGCAUUUAAAAACCUGACCUUAAAAACAGAAGACAGAAGUAUUCAAUGCAUCUUUUCUUUUAGCUUAAGUCUUCUGCCUUCUUUCCUGACUUAGCUCCUGGUUGACCUCCUACAACACAAAUAAUUAACAUGCCCCUUUGUGUUUAUAAAUAUUAAGGUGACUUAGUUUGUCUCCUUGUUGCAAUAAUUUAUAACUUUUUGGAAAAUGUCUUCUUUGGGGCAGAGGAAUUUUGGAUAGAUACCCACUAUAAGGUUUUCUGGGCAUCUGAAUGAAGAGAGUAUCGAGAGAUCAGUGGGAAACUCUCUCCCUCAGCCUUUUUUUCCUGGUUUAUUCAAAUAAUGGAGAACAUAGAAACCUGUUACUUAUGAAGGACAGGAAAAGUUGUGUGGCUUCUAAGGCUACAGGCACUUGCCAAUCUGAGAGGAAAAUGCCUUCUUUCAUUGCUGGUCUCUUCAUGAAGGGUAUAUAACAACUGUUUAACGCCUGAGCUAAAAUGGACCUGAUGAUGUAUGUGGGUAUUUUUCUCCUCUACCUUCUAAAAAAAUAUACCAUAAGAAAAAUCAAUAUAUACCAUAAGAAAUCAGAUGCAAAGCACAUUAACGGCACUGUAAAUUUUACAAUAUCUAAAAGGAAUAGCAAAAGGUAGUAGGAGCUUCAGGGAAUUGAGGAAAUGCCAGCAUCGGAAUUUUGUGCAUUAGUUACUACCUUUUAUCCUAUAACAUGUUGUAGUUACUAGUGAAUUAUUUUGAAAGCAAUACCUAGAGUUAGAACACUAUGUAUUGUGCACAAAGGGGAGUGAAGUAAUGUUGGCCUAGAAGACCUCACCUUUUGUUUUUCACAGUUUGCUUUUUUUGUUUUUGUUUCCAUUGUUACCAUAUGAUGUUGCUGUGGCCCUUUGUCUCCCCAAACGCCUUGGUGGCUCUUCCAUAUCAUUCAGCAAAUGCAUAUACCAUAGUGCAUAAGGCACUAUGUGGGGGUGGGUACAGUGGGGGCCACUGAGAUGAACGAGACACAUCCUGCAUGUGCAUGCGACAGAGUCUGCCUGGCUCCACCUGCCUGGACUUCUCUCCUUUUUUUGUAUAACAAGUUUAUUCCUUUAUUCUUCUUCCUGUUGCUUAGUUCUUCUGUAUAUCCCUUCUUCCAUGGGAAUGUAUUUGAGUGUAUGUUAUUUGAUCUUCUCUGAUAACAUCUCGAUUGAUCUGGCCUCUGUUCUUCAUCAGCUUUUUAUUUUUCCUCCAAUCUACUUUCAAUAGGUCAAGCUUUUUAGAUCAUGAACUUCCAAUUUAAGCACCUCAUAUAUCAGUCUCUCCCAUGGCCACAAUUCUAGACAAAAACCAAAGACCCAGAGGCCGGAGCAAAAUAGGACCUUCUGCAGAUUCACUACUGGUGUAUCCUUGGACCUUCACAUGUUACUUUAGGAUUAAUUUAUUGAAUUUUACUGUUACACAUCAUUUUUGACUUGAAUUAAAAUACUAGACAAAGCAGAAAUGUACAAUUUCUUGCCUUUGUUUUCCAGGAAAAUCAUUGGGAAGAGAAUAGAGUGUAUUAUAUGACUUGAAGUUUUUGCAGCUUAUUUUUACCCCAGUAUCAGGGCAGAGCCCCGUUAAAGAAUGUUUUUACGUUACCUAGUCAUACGUUAAUGGUAUAUUUUUUCCAAUUUCAUACAGCAGGUGAUUUCCCAUGACAUAUUUUCUUUAGUCCCUAAUAGUCAUCUGUGUAAAGAGAGAGAGAACUUUUUUGUGUGCUGUGUGCACUAUGGAUUGGGGAGAGUGGAGUUGUAACCAAGCUCUUUUCCGGCCUUUUGCUUUUACACCAGGUUGUACUUUUCCCUUACUUGUUUCUCUUCUAGCUCCCUGGCUACCUGACUUGAUGUACCAGAACAGAAAUUUAGACAUUGAGAUACAAAAAGGUGAGGGGAAGGGAUGGUAGAGACAGUCAGCUCUCUCCCUUGCUACCAUCCAAAGAGUGGGGAUAUGGUUUCAGGCAAGGUAUUAAUGAUUAAAUUCUGUGAUUUAUAGUUCUUAUGACAUUUGAAAAGUUUCUUGAAGGGAUUUUUUUAAGCCAUAGGUUUGAAUUUGGUAGCAGAAGUAGUUCUUUAUGCCUCAUAGAACAAUGUCUGUUCAAAGUAAUAUUUCUGCUAAAAUGGUACAUGUGGGUCACUGAUUGGCUUAUGCCACCAACUUAAGUUCCCUUUCCCUCUAAUUUUAAAAAACAGAGCAGUAAUGUGGCUCUGUCCAUCAUGACUGCCCUAUAACUUAUAACUGCUGCUCUCUAGUAAUUGUCUUUUCAUUUUGAUGGUAGGGGCCAGAAUAAAUGGACUCCAUCAUUUUUUACAAUCAAGCAUCCCAUAAGCUCUGCUUUUAUUGUCAUCAAUUGUGAAUAUGAACCAUUUGAUUUUGCUAAUUUAGUCAUUUGUUCAUCAUUACUUUUUGCAGAUUAGCACCACAGCUAACUUUAAAAUGAAUUUGUUGCCUGCUUUCUAUACUUGUCACAAGGUUUUUGAAAAAGCUGGGGACACAAUUUUGUCUUUUAGUUUUAAACUUUUUUUAAAGGCAAAGACCCCUGAUCCCUGUUCUCCAAUGCGUAUAAUGAUGUGACUUCCAUGUAAAUAUAAAAAUGAUUGUACCCUAACCAAACUUCCUCAGAUUGUGCACUGUUUGUUUAAAAUAAUCACGUAUUUUAGUCCAAUGCUGUUGAAUUUUUUCAUUUUAUUUAAAACACUACUUAAUUUCUUUUAAUAAAUUUUAAAGGGUAGUGAGCUUAAAAAAAAAUCACUGGAUAACUAGGAAAUAAUUUUGUUGUCGUUUUGUUUUUUAAAGAGUAUAAAGGUCAUUGAAGCCUUUUGCUCCUCUUACCGUGAAAAUGAAAUGUUAGCCAUUGUAUGGCUAGGAACCAAUGCACUUGGUGGUUAACAGAUCUGCUGUUGCUGGAGUGUGAGCGUGGACUUGAUGCAGUGACGACAAAUCAUUGCUUAGAAUUAAUGUUUUCAAAUGUGCAACUCUAGUUUUUAAAACAAAAUUUGGUUCUUUACAUUCAUUAUUUAGUUUUUGUUUCCAUUUAGUAUUUAAUGGUCUUUGGAGAAAAAAAUAAUAAAACAGAGUGUUAUAUAUAUAUUUUUUGGUGCAAGAUAAUUUUUC